CGAUCCGAUGCGGCCCGCAUCCCAAGUCUGCUCCCCCCGAGGUGAUUGCCUCGAUGACAGAGGCUUCCACCCGUUCCAUCCCCAGAUCACGAAGCGGAUGCCGUCGUAUUUUCCCGAGACUCGCUGCACACUUGGCACCGGCAGUACGUAAUGACAUGUGGAUGUAGAUGGGCCUGUGACUUGAGACGACUCCUCACUCUGCUGAGCCCUGCCAGGCAAAUGCCGGUACCAGAUAGGGUCCUGACUUCUCUCGAGGUGUCUCGGUUGUAUUCACUUUCCAUGAUGACUGAGGGUCUAGAUACGGGGUUGCCACCCGGUCCUUUCCUUCCGUGGACCUUGAGGCUCGUGAUGACUCCUAUCAUGAUAUUAGUUGCCUGGUUUUGCUCUCUGAAGGAAGGCUCGAGAAGCCUCGUGAUGCCACCGUAAUCUUGGAUAACGAAUUGUCUAUUAUUCACUUUGAUGCCAGAUACCUAUCAAGUGCUCCCUCUAUUCACUGCCCAGGCCUAAGCUCUUGCCAAAAACAGAGCUGCAAACUUUUCCCAGACCCUCUCUCUUUGUCUGAACGUUUCAAUGCAGUCACAGUCACAGCUCUGCAGAUCCAUAGUCUCAACUGCAUUCACUUGACAACAGUCACAAAUUAUUGAUAUUAGGCAUCAGCCGCCUUUCUCCUGUCAAAAUCCAUCCACAGACGGGGCAACCAACAAUCAAUUCGGCAGUCAUCUCAGAUCUGUGAUAUCAAAUCCAGCCUUACCAGCAGCGGAUCUCUUUGUGGCAAAACCCCGGUUUUGGCCGCUGCGCAUCACAAAAAAGAGCAGGCACAAUCGAGCUGAUCAACCCAAAUCAGCCGCUAACGUGACCUGCAGCCCGCGCCUACUUAAACCUCGCACCCCCCACCUCCCUCUUCCACCUUUCAAUUCACAACUCACUCACUCCACACCCCGCCCAUCAAUCCAUCAUCUGCAUCGCAUCUUUGCGACUUUUCCAUCAAAUUCCAUCAACUUUUCCCAUCAACAACACAUCACAACAAAGUCGCAAUGGCCCGCACCAAGCAGACCGCCCGCAAGUCCACCGGUGGCAAGGCUCCCCGCAAGCAGCUCGCCUCCAAGGCCGCCCGCAAGAGCGCCCCCUCCACUGGCGGUGUCAAGAAGCCUCACCAGAGAUAUAAGCCCGGUACCGUCGCUCUCCGUGAGAUUCGUCGCUACCAGAAGUCGACUGAGCUUCUCAUCCGCAAGCUCCCCUUCCAGCGUCUCGUUCGCGAGAUUGCCCAGGACUUCAAGUCCGACCUCCGCUUCCAGUCUUCCGCCAUUGGUGCUCUCCAGGAGUCCGUCGAGUCUUACCUCGUCUCCCUCUUCGAGGACACCAACCUGUGCGCUAUCCACGCCAAGCGCGUCACCAUCCAGAGCAAGGACAUCCAGCUUGCCCGCCGCCUCCGUGGUGAGCGCAACUAAGCGUUUCCCCCACCAUGGGUUUCUGCUACUGCUAGCUUUGGGGUUUGGGGGUCGGGUUUAUGACUACAUUUUUCACACUGGGAAUGCUUUGAUUGACGAAGGGAAUCAUCAUGGCAGCAAUUAACGGGGGACAACGGCGUUCGUGCUUGGGUUUUUUAUUCACUGCGGUGGUUUUCUUUACUCGGGAUUGAUUUGUACAUUACCCCGCGCGCGCGAGUUCUUGCAUCUGCCCACGGGCUUUGGCGAGAAUGGAGAUGGAUGGGCAUAAUAAACUACGCCUGAAAACCUACACACAGUGGCUGAAGAGCCAGCGUUGAUUUCAC